UGUACGUGCAUGUGUGUGUCCGUGUAUGUGUGGGUGGGAGUCCUGAAGAACCCAGAAUCCUCCCUUUUUCUUCCCAAAUUAUACUCAAACGAAUUGUAAAAUUUCUGAGAUGCUCCUUUCUUUUUCUGUUUUUCUAGAACAUCAAGGGACAUGAGAAAUGGCACAGCAAUCACAGAGUUCAUUCUCAUAGGCUUUCCUGAUAUCCAAGGACUACAAAUCCCUCUCUUCAUAGUGAUCUUUCUCAUCUACAUAUUAACCCUUGGAGGCAAUGGGCUCAUUAUCAUCAUUGUCUGGGCUGAGCCCAGGCUACAAAUUCCAAUGUAUUUCUUCCUUUGCAACUUGUCCUUCCUUGAGAUCUGGUACACCACCACGGUCAUCCCCAAACUGCUAGAAACCUUUGUGGUAGCAAGAACAGUUAUUUGCAUUCCCUACUGCCUGCUGCAGGCCUUCUUCCACUUCUUCCUGGGCACCACUGAGUUCCUCAUUCUCACUGUUAUGUCUUUUGACCGCUACCUGGCCAUCUGCAAGCCCCUUCACUACCCUACCAUCAUGACAAGCAACCUCUGCUUGUGGCUGGCCCUCAGCACCUGGAUGACAGCCUUCACCAUUGUCUUUUGUCAGAUGCUGCUGCUCAUCCAGCUGCCAUUCUGUGGCAACAACAUCAUCAAUCAUUUCUACUGUGAUAUUGGUCCCAUCUUGAAAGCAGCCUGCACUGACACCACCUUUUUGGAGCUCCUGGGUUUCCUAGCAACGAUCUCUGUGAUCCCAGGGUCACUCUUCUUUACAACGAUUUCUUAUAUUUGCAUACUGUCCACCAUCCUACAGAUUUCUUCAGCCACUGGCCGCCAGAAAGCUUUCUCUACCUGUGCCUCUCACCUGACAGUUGUCUCCCUACUCUACGGAGCUGUUCUGUUCAUGUACCUAAGACCCACAACACACUCCUCCUUUAACAUUAAUAAGGUGGUAUCUGUGCUAAAUACUAUCCUCACCCCCCUUCUGAAUCCCUUUAUUUAUACCAUUAGAAACAAGGAGGUGAAAGGAGCACUAAGGAAAACAAUGGCUUGUGCAAAGGUUCGUCAUCAAUCGAAAAAUGUGCAACACAGCCCAUAG